UUACCCGGAUAAACACACAUGUCUGCCCGCAGUGAGACACGCUGGUGCUGAAUAUAAAGAGAAUUGAGUUAAAUUCUGUAAUAAUUCGGAUUAUUUAGUUUAUAUAUUUGUGUGUAUGGAGUUGUGAGUAUUAAUAGGUAACAACAGAGCGCUUUUAGGAGGAAUUCUGCUGCUAGCUGUAAGAGAAUGCUUUAUUAUAAUCCCUCAGUGAGGAAAUUUACACAGAGUUACAGCAGCAAAUGAAUACCAAAGCACACAUAAAAGGAAAUAAGUACCAAACUACUAUUACUAACACUGUAAAUAUUAUAUAAUAUAAAUUAAAAAUGUUUGAAGAAUAUAUACAUGAACUGUAGCUGUGUGUUUUUCUGUGUGUUGUAGUGUACAGGAUGACCUCUGCAGAGAGCUGCACUGUGCUGGAGAGCUGUGCUCUUGUGGCUCCGGUCACUGCGCUGGAAUUCCUUAGAGAUGAUUACCUGCUGACAGGUCAGGGACCAAUCCUGACUCUCUUCUCUCUGGAAGGCUCACCCCGACUUCGUGCAUCACAGAACGUUCUCCAGAACUUCCGCAUCCAUGGCAUACGGCCCAAACCCCAAACCUGCCAUGAUGCUCAUGAUGCCAAACCCAACCCUGAUCAACCAACUUCAGAUGAAAUCACAGAACUGGCCAUUUUUGGUGGAAAAGGCUUGCGUCUUAUCAACGUUAGCCCUUGUGGGCGUGGCUUAGAGGUGGCCGGCCCUCUGAUGGAGCUCCAGGAUUGGGUGCUGGAUGUCUCAUGGCUUAUGGAUGAGCCCUGCCCCUUACUGGGCGUGUCCAUUGCUCAUAACGCUGCAAUCCUACUGGAGCCCCAAUCGGGGAAGGUGCUGAGCUUGUGCUCGUGUGCGGAGGCGUGUCUUCUAUACUCCGCGCUUCUGAUUGGACAAAGCUGGGAAGAGUCUGUGCUGGUGGGAGGGACUGUCUUUAAUCAGCUUGUGUUAUGGAGGCCUGGAAGGACUGGUACAGGCCGACAGUGCCAAGCUGGCACCCAAGCUUGCGCCCUAACUGACGCCCAAGUCGAGAGGCGUCUUCUGGGGCACAGCGGUGUGAUUUUCAGCCUGUUUUACCUCCAGAGCUCCGGGUGGCUGGCGUCGGCUUCAGACGACCGCAGCGUCCGCUUGUGGCACGUUGGCGAGCUGAGCGGAAGUGGAGGGUGCGGAGUAGAGGUGCCCACAUGCUUGCGGGUACUUUACGGGCAUCAGGCUAGAGUGUUCUGCGUCAGGCUGUCCCCAGGUUGGGUGUUCAGUGCUGGGGAAGAUGGCGCUUGCUUGUUGUGGGAGUGGGAAGGCGAGGGUAGAGUUGGGCGCACCUUGAAAAGCCACAGAUCGGGUGGCAUCAGAUCACUGGCGGUCAGCAAUGCCAGUGUUGGUAAGAGAAGCCGGUGGGUGGCUACUGGAGGUGCUGAUGGAGGGGUACGGUUGUGGAAGGUGGUUGAGCAGAGCACUAAUAGUGAACUAAAAGUGGAAGUGGAGAAAGAAGAUUCUCAGAUGGAUUUGGGUUUUGAGGGAAUCGGUUGUCCUAAAGUGGUACGUUCUGUAGGAGGAGGGCACACCGUCGUUACCUGCACUGACCAGGGCCAGGUAUCUAUGCGUCAGGAUGGAUCAUGGAAGGAAAUUUGGCACGGUGGACCAGAUUUUCAGUCCUAUUGCGUUAUGGAAGUGGUUUGCAUUCAAGGUGUUUGGGUUUGUGCGGUUGGCAACCUCAACGGAGGCGUUCAAGUGUUUCCUCUUCGCCAACCCGGUGGAGGAACCUUCCUGCAAGCAAGUGAGGGCAAAAUCCACUCAUUACAGUGGGUGGAAAGGAGGAAAGGUGCUUGCAGUAGAGGUAGUUGGUGCCUUCUAGCCUCUGGUUCAGAAGGUCUGGUCCAGAGAUGGACUGUAGAAGUGGCGGAAAACGAAGAAACUGGCUUGUUUCUGGUGCUGCGCAAGAUGACGCCAUUCCUGUUGCCGCCCUGUGCCAAGCAAUGGCUCACCGCCGCAGUUACUGUUACAAUUCACUCUGGAAAAAAGAAGGUGCUUUGGGUUUGUGGAGACCGUCGAGGCUCGCUGUUACUCUACAAAGAUGAGAAAGAGAAAAGUCAAAGAGAGUCAGUCCAAGAAGAAGAUACUCAAGAAAGAGUUGUUGGCAUCAAUGCGCCCAUACCUCCGGUCGCCACGCUCUUUGGCGUCCAUGGAAAGCAAGGUGUUACGAGUGUCUGCGAGCGCCGGGGCGUCUGUUACAGCACCGGCCGUGAUGGUUGCGUACGAGUUCUGGCGCUAAACAAAGACUCCUUGAACGUACGCCGAGUCCAUCAUGCCUGCAAGGGAAUGGACUGGUUGGAGAAGGUCUUGUUUCUGGACUGUAAUCAAGGCGAGACAUGGAAGGAUGGAAACGUAGACGACGAAAAUGAGAAGGAACAUGAAGAAGAAGAAGUAGAGGAAAGAGAGGAUAGAACCUCAGAAAGAGCACUGGAGAAUGGACAAGUUGACAGAAACGUAGAAGAAAGAGAUGAAGGAGAUUCAGAGAAAGGAACCUUCUUCGAGGCAAGGUUCUUAAUGGCCGGCUUCCACUCUGUCGAAUUCGUUUUGUGGGAUCCGAUAAGGCAGGAGAAGGUUUUCACCGCAGCGUGUGGAGGAGGCCAUCGGUCAUGGGCUUAUAUUCCUUCGUCUGGCGACCAAACCCUCGAACAAGGUACUCUAAUCUUCAUCAAGCAAGGAACCAUCAUGGCGUCUCGUUCUUUAGCCUCAUCAACAACCGAGAUAAGAGGCCACACCCUGAGGGAGGGGCUUCACGGCCGUGGACUGGCAUGUGUCUGUCGCCUCGGUGAACUUUCCAAACCAGGUGAUUCAUCUGAAAAGUGGGAGGUGCUUGUUACAGGUGGAGAGGACACCACGGUGAACGUUCUUGCGGUCAGACCUGAUCAGGGCACGGUGAAAGUUCUCGCCGUUAUUGCUGACCACAUCUCCAACAUUCGGACGCUGGCUGCAGUCCCCAGAGGAGCUAAAGGAGACGAGACAAAUGGACGAUGCAGAGACAUGUCUUUUUCCACGCUGGUGUUUUCAGCUGGAGGGCGGGCCCAGCUGCAGUGCUACCGCCUCCUGAUUGGCUGGGAUGAGCAGACCAACCUCCCUACCUGUCAAGUGACUCAGAUCGCUGGUCACCGAUUGGACGAGAAGUGGGAGAGGAGGCGGAAUCGGCACAAGACCGUGAAGAUGGACCCAGAGACAAGGUACAUGUCAAUGGCGGUGGUUCAGGACGGCGUGGAGGAGGUGCUCCUGGCACUCGCCUGCAGCGAUGGAGCAGUGAGGAUCUUCAGUGUGGGAGAAGACAGUAGGAAGGUAGAGCUGCUGUGGGAGAGUUUUUAUCAUCAGCGCUGUGUGCUCAGUGUCGCCUCCUACAGCCUGGAGGACAUAUAUGGAAAACAGCAUGUGUUGUUGUUGAGCGGGGCUACAGAUGGUGCUGUAGCUCUGUGGGAUCUGACUGCAGUGUUGGACAGUAAAUCCGGGGACAGCUGGCUCGGACCAUCUGUCCCCUGCCUCUCUGUCCCCGUCCAUCAAAGCGGAGUGAACGCCCUCGUCAUAUCAAAACAACGACACCAACAAACACCUGAUGACAUAAUCACCAUGGCGACCGGCGGAGAUGACGGACAGUUAUCGGUGAUGAAGAUCAAAGUGGAGAUGAAUCAAUCAGAUCAGACUGAGAGUCUGUGUCCACAGCUGCUUUCUCAUUGGUCGGUUCCGCUGGCUCACUCCGCCCCUCUGACCGCCCUGACCACGCUGAGUUCGGCUCGGUGGGCGUCGGCCUCUCCGGAUCAGCGAGUUUGUGUGUGGCGUUUGUGCGAUGACGGACUUCACCACCAGGGGGCGAUGUUCACGCACACCGCAGACGCUGCAGGAGUGUGGGCGUGGCAGAGGGAGGAGCCAAAUAUAGAGGGCGGGGCUUAUGUGGUGGUUUGUGGGCAGGGCUUACAGCUCUUGAAGUUGAUGGAAAGACGACGAGAAGAAGAAGAAAAAGAAGAAGAAAAAGAAGGGAAGGAAACAGACAGACUGAGAACGAAAGAAAUAGAAAGACGAAAAGUUGUGUUUGGGGAUCGUAAUAAACAAAAAAUGUAAAUAUUUAAAUUUAUUUAAAAUACUCAUCAUGAUGAGACUGAUUUUAUUCUGGCUUUUAACAUUCAAAAUAAAAUAUAUUCAUUUAU